GCCAUGAACGCACCACCGUCGUCAAAUUAGUAAAACAAACCGCUCGCUGAGUAAACAUAGCCAUUACAGCGGUCACCUGCGAGGCUGAGCUCAUCCCAGACCACACUGUUCACCUGGGGACAGGUGAGAUAGUGUGGAAUGGCGGUAACGAGACGCCGCGGUGUAGCACAGCUUGUGACCUUUCACCUUUGACAAUGUUUGCUCGCAGCAGUAAUGGACGGAAGACAUGACCCGCCUCGUAUGAGUUCAACAAAGCGGCCCAGUUCGCGACAGUGAGCGUGGAGGAGGCGGAGGGCGAACCCGAGCUACAUGUCCCCUCCACAGGUGUGAUGGCAGUCAGAGGGCCGACGAAUGCAGACAUGUGGCUUUAGGGGUGCAGCGCUGCCAUAGCCGGCACCAUGCAGCAGAAAGGUGCAAUCCAAAUUAUCGAAUGGGAGGACCUGGACAAGAGGAAGUUCUACUCCCUGGGUGUGUUCAUGACCUUGACCACCAGAAUCACCGUCUACCCAUUCAGCCUCAUCCGCACUCGGCUCCAGGUGCAGAAGGGGAAGGUCCUUUACUCCGGCACCUUUGAUGCUUUCUGCAAGAUCCUGCGAGCCGAGGGCAUGCAAGGCCUCUACCGUGGUUUCAUGGUGAACACGUUCACCCUGGUCUCAGGACAGGCUUACAUCACCACCUAUGAACUGGUGCGCAAGUAUGUGUCCCAGUACUCGCCCAGUAACACAGUGAAGUCAGUGGUGGCAGGUGGGGCAGCGUCCCUGGUGGCUCAGACCAUCACCGUGCCCAUAGACGUGGUGUCUCAGCAACUGAUGAUGCAAGGGCAAGGGGAACACCUGACCCGCUUCAAGCCCAAACCCAAAAUGGUGCUCGCGGCAAGCAAACGCAGACUGACUUUUGGGCAGACUCGCGACAUUACAGUGCAGAUAUUUGCUGCUGAUGGAUUCAGGGGAUUUUACCGGGGCUACGUGGCAUCGCUACUCACGUACAUCCCAAACAGCGCUCUCUGGUGGCCUUUUUAUCAUUUUUAUGCAGAGCAGCUGUCCUUGUUGGCGCCGAGUGAGUGCCCCCAUCUGAUUCUGCAGGCUUUGGCAGGACCAAUGGCAGCAGCAACAGCCUCCACCAUCACCAACCCCAUGGAUGUGGUUCGAGCAAGAGUACAGGUGGAAGGACGUUCAUCUGUCAUCGAGACCUUCAAGCAGCUGCUGGCAGAGGAGGGCGUCUGGGGGAUGACCAAGGGGCUGUCGGCACGCAUCAUCUCCUCCCUGCCCACGUCGGUGCUCAUCGUGGUGGGAUACGAGACCCUGAAGAGACUGAGCCUGCGAGCUGAUUUGAUAGAGACCAGACACUGGUGAAUGGCCAGAGAGGGACGUGGCUUCACGUCAACAUGGGCAGCACAGGAACUUUUCACUUUUUUAGAUCCGUGUUGUUUUAAUGCAGGUAUGAUGCAGCAGUGGUGAUGUUUGUUUGUCUUUGGGUUCUUCAUUACUUUGGCCUUUUCUGUCUGUCAGACCUUUUCUACUGGCUUUUUUUUUAUUAACUGCCACUGUGAAAUAUGAAUCUAUAUAAGUGAAGACAAUGUUCUGCCAUUUGCCAAAACGAAAUUCCCCAUUUAAACAAAGAAAACAUGAAAAUUCUUUCAAAUCUGACCAAUGACUGAAGUCUCCUCUUGAGGAAUAGUCUGUAACUCAAAUCCCUUUUAGCUCAAAGCCUCCUGUACGUGGAUCGGCCGAACCAGUGUAUUUUCUUGACGUACCAGUUCAGGGUUGUUGUUUUUUUAGGAUGCAUACUUCACCUCCACAGAGGAGCCUGUAAACACUUACUGCACCUUGAGUUCACAUUAGCCGAGUUCAGUCUUUUCAAUGAGACUAUGUUUUUUAAGGGAAUUCAUGAUGGGGUCGGUGUCAUGAGUUCAGUGUGCCAAAAUCUGGAGAUACAAAAGUCUUUAUUUGUCCGACGAGCACAUUAAAAGCAGAAAAUAUCUGUGAGCAUUCCAGUGAAAAUAAAACAAAGGUGUGAAACAUCUGCUGAAACUCUCCUUUUAGUUCAGGCCUUAAUGAAGAGAUCAGAUCUGAUAUUUAAUUCUAGCAAUGCUGUUAAAUUGUACAGAAGACUUCCAAAAGUACACUAGAUUUAUCUGGAGAGGUCUUUGUGAAACACGGCCCAAGUUUGUACAGUUCCACAUGAGGCCUGUCUGUCUGUGAUGUACGUAGCUGUGUCUGUCCUGUCAUUUAUUUCCCCAUGAAGUCAGAGGUGCAGGCGUAACAAUGAAUUCUACAUGUGGAUAAGUUGAUCAGGCCAAUCAGGCGGCUGCUUCUGCUCCUUUUUGUUCCUGUCUGAGUGAAUCAAUCGUACAAACACAGCGGAGCCCGACAGAAGAGGGGAGAGAGGUGUAAAUGUAACGUCAUCAAACAGGAAGCCAUUUCUCACUACUGUUAAUACUGUUGUGCUCUCUGUAUUAUUUAUACUGUUCAGGGAGACUGGGGAUCAAAUCUGCAGCCAUUUGGUCACAGGGCAGAAACGUAAACCAGUACACUAUUCUGCUGUUUGGUUAAAGCACACACAAACAAACACACACACACACAGGGAGAGUAGAGGCGGCAGCAUCAACACCAGCACAAACAGCUCGACUCCAAAGUUGCCUUCAGAUUUCAUCAAUACUCGAUCGAGGCUACUGUAACGUUAGAAAUGACUCAAACUGCCAGAAAACCUCUGAUGUGUCUGUCUCUUUUUAACGGUUCAACGUUUCAGUGUUUGUAAGAGCACUUUCCUGUUUGUGGAUAAGACUGAUGGACUUCCACUCUGGACUGAUUUCUUUCUGUAAAGCAAAUUGAAUGGACCUUUGGACACACUGAGGAAGUGCUCCACCUGUAACUAUCAUCUACCUGCUCUGUGUAUUAUCAAAGGCACAGUUUGUGUUGUUUUAAAAAAUGCAGAACUUUGAAUGAAAUAAAGUACUGAGUCACUGCA